AUGAGAUUCCAUCGGUCACUGCAGAGCAAGGUUUGUCCAGAUGCCGUGCUGGAGAAGGCGAAGGGGAAACGUUACAAUCAAAAAUUGAUUGGCAAACUUUUCGAACAAUGGCUCAGUGCCAAAGAAGACUGGAUGCAGAGCAGCAUUGUGGCGAACCAAUCGAAAACCAUGUCCCAGAAAAAACGUGGUAGGUACUGCAUGCUUGAAGUCAAGACCUUGAGAAGUCGAUUUGGGGCCGGCAUAGCAAAACAGUUGAGGGAGGAAAAGAAAGCCUUGGAAGAAGGGAAGAGUGCAGAUGACCCGAUAAUAUACUGGAUGCAACACCCGGACAUCAAAAGUGAGGACUAUGAGUUGGUGCGUAUCUUCGACUCCAUGGUGUUUGAAGAUGAGACCAAUGAAGAGAUGUCUAUGGCUGUCACAGCCCGGGGGGAUCUCAAUAGCCAACAAUCCAGGGAAGUUCUGUCAGCUGCAAUGGGACCCUACAUGACCCAGUUCCAGAAUGCUGGCGUGGGCCUUGCAAGUGCUCCAGCUGGCAACGGUGACCACCAGCCACCUCCGCCGAAGGAGAAGAAAAAGCCACCACUUGCCAGACAGAUUGCAACCAAGAUUUCUGCUGGCUCUGCCAGGUUAACGGAGGUGAUGGCAUGGAGAGCCAAAGUCCAAGAUUGUACUACCAUGUCUUCAAAUUUGCUGAAUGGGUUUUUGGCCGAGCUCGAUUCCCGGAAGACAUCCAUAGAAAAUACUAAGUCGAAUUUGGAGACCAUCUAUGCUAAGACGCUGGGUAAGCCCGAGAAAGAGAUCAUGGACAACCAGGCACUGCUGGAAGACAUCCAGAAAAACAUUGCCGCUGUUGAUGCCAGCUUCACAAGCUUCAAUGGAACUGUCAAGAGCAUCAAACAAUCCAUUGACACACAGCUAAAUUGGAAUGGAAUGAUAUAUACCUACUAUAUAUAUUAUUAUAUAUAUAUAUAUAAGAGAGAGGGAGAGAGAAAGAGAGAGAGAGAGAGAUGA